AUGUCCCGCGCCUCCAAGCUCACCCUCCUCGGCACCUCCGCCUUUGCGCUCAGCACCGUCGUGUUUGUGCAUUGGCAACAGCAAUCUGAGAAGGAGGCAAUGCACGCCGGCGUAAUCCGCGACAUGGAACAACAACGGAUCAAGCGCGAGCGUCAGCUCGACUUCGACAUGCAGCGCGAGCUCGAGGCCGAAUACAAGAAGCUACAGAGUGUGCGCGAUGUCACAGACGAGAUGGACCCGGUACCCUCGAAACCCAGUGCCCUGACGCAAGGGCUACCGAAGCCGAGUGCGGUGCCUAGUAUACCUGUUGGAGGGGCGAUUGGGACGGGGACGGGGGAGAAAUGA